AUGAUUGUCUCUAGGCUUUUUCACCUCAUCCUUGUGAUCUGGUGUGCAUUCAGCGAUGGGUAUGAUCUCAGCGAGCGAAAGCAACCUCAAGGUCGUCUGGGCAUAACGCUCGAUUACGGCCUUGCAAGGAAUUGGCCGCCAUCAAUCGAUGAUAGAGGCGCGGACACUCAGCGGAACUGGUUUUAUAGCAGCCAUCUCACAUUCAAAGAGCCGGUUAGCACGAUCACCGACGGCCAACUUUGGCAAAUGGUGAGGGAUGCAUUGGACGAGAUCCCCGCUGUUCUGACCCAGUACGGCAUUUCCAAAAACAAGGGCGGAUCCAACGUCAUGACGGUCCUCGCUUUCGGCAAUGAAAUCAUCCUAGCUUCUUCGAAGAAGAGCGUUGAUAGUUUCACAUACGAGGCUCUUCAGCUCUGCCAGGUUGUUUGGAAGGAUAGAGCUAAUCUUGGUGAAGACAAUGAACUUCCCAUCCACAAAAAUCAGGGUCACUGUGGAGAGCCCAUGGCUGCACAUCUGUACUAUGCUUCGCACACAACACCUUUAGCUGAACAAAACGCAAGAGUUGCUACGAUUGUGUACAAGUCACGAGCUCCACCAUGUGGUACUGGUAAGACGGACUAUUGGGGAUGCAACUUGUUUGUUGAGCAGAUGAAGAUGAGAGUGGUGGACCUCGAUAUUGGCAAGACUCCCAAUGAAUCCUAUGAUUUGAGCACUCUCGCAGGGGGAAAUCCGAAGAUAGACCAGAUCCCAGUAUGUUCUACGCCCACUGUAAGCUAG